AUGUCCGCCGCGCUGUCAGCAAACUCCAUGUGUCAGAUCGGCGUUACGAACCUCGCAUACGACGCAACGACGGACCUCGCCGACGACGACAACAGCGCCCCCUACGUCGAACUCGGCGAAGGCGGCCAUCACGCGCACCCGGUAUUUUCCGCUGACGACCGAGAGAUGACGCCACCUCCGCCGGCGCGGCCGCGAGCUAUGAGUAAGCGAGAGUUCCUGGACCCGAUAACGCGUCUGCAGGAGCGGCAGCGGACGUUUAGCGAGAUGACGGCCGACGAGGUGGAGGAGAUCACGAAGGAGAUCACGAUGGUAGAGAUGCGCAAACCCGUAGCCGACAAAGACAGCGGGGCGGUGAACAGCUUCCUUCAGGCCUUCUCCCUCGUCACGAACAUGAAGUACGUGUUCCGCUGCAAGCACCGCGAUGACGGCUUCCCGGCGAUGAACGGUCUCCGCGUACUCAACCUGCUCUGGCUCGUCUGCAUGCACACCAACUUCUACUGCAUAGCUUGCGAUAGACAACUAGCUGGGUCUGACCGAGGAAAUUCAAAAGUCCUUCCCUUCAAGCGAUUCUUGUCAAUGGUAACAUUGCAGUGGAACCUUCUUCAGCCAUUCUGCGUGAGUCAAAUUACGUUUCUGCAGUUAUGCAGCAAGCUACUGAGGGAUUCCUGCGGCUUUCUCGUCUGCUAUUGGACGGUAAAGAAGUUGAACGAGAGAGGCGACUGGGGCGACAGACGAUUCUGGAUUCUAAACUUCUACGUGCACAGAUUGUGGAGCUGUAUACAGUGA